AUGUCCCUUGUCUACCAGGACCCCAAGAGCAUGGCUGACGGCCGUCAGCGCGACCGCAUUGCCAACUACACAAAAUUUUGGAAUAAGGACAUCACCACCGAGGAUGCUACCAACACCGAAAACAGGCGCGAGAGCUACACCGACGUUGUCAACGGUAUAUUUCCUUCUCUAUCCCUCGUCGUAAGCUCAAUUGCUUUCACUCCAGGGUACUAUGAUGGGGCAACCGAACUAUAUGAAUACGGAUGGGCGCAGUCGUUCCACUUCUGUCGCUUUUACAAGGGAGAGGCCUUCGCGGCUGCUCUCGCUCGCCAUGAACACUACUUGGCUGCCCAGAUGGGUCUCCGACCUGGCAUGCGCGUUCUCGAUGUCGGCUGCGGUGUUGGUGGACCGGCUCGGGAAAUUGCCCGUUUUGCGGAUGUCGAAAUCGUUGGCCUCAACAACAACGAGUUCCAGGUCCAGCGCGCACGGAAGUACACCAAGGCUGCCGGCCUAAGCGAGCAGGUUACCUUCGUCCGUGGCGAUUUCAUGAAGCUCGAAGAGCAGUUUGGCAAAAACGCGUUCGAUGCUGUCUAUGCCAUUGAGGCUACUUGCCAUGCGCCGACAUGGGAGGGUGUCUAUGGUGAGAUCAUGAAGGUGCUCAAACCCGGAGGCACAUUCGGUGUUUACGAGUGGUGCAUGACCGAUGACUGGGAUCCCUCUGUUCCUGCCCAUGCUGACCUGCAACACGAAAUCGAACUUGGAAACGGUAUUCCUGAAAUGAGGCCCAUCAAGCUUGCUCGCGAAGCACUCCAAACCGUCGGCUUCGAAAUUCAGCAUGAGGAAGACUUGGCUGACCGACCGGACCCUGUACCAUGGUACUACCCUCUCGAGGGUGAUAUCCGCAAGGCCCAAACUGUCUGGGACUACAUCACAGUAUGGCGGAUGAGCUGGAGCGGUAUCCUCGUCACGCAAAAUGUCGUCUGGACGCUUGAAAAGCUCGGCCUGAUUCCCAAGGGCACAUACGACGUCGGCGAGGCGCUCAAGGUCGCUGCCUUGUCACUUGUGCGUGGGGGGCAACAAAAGUUGUUUACCCCGAUGUAUCUUGUGGUUAGCAAGAAACCAGAGGCCUCGUAG